AUGAAUGACAGGUAUUUACUUGAGAAACCAGUGUUUAUAGAUCAUCGGAUUUCUAUGUUUGAAAGGCUUUAUGAUGAAUUUAAAAGAGAAAUACAGGAUAAAGAGCGUUUAGAAAUUGAGAUUACUCUUCCAGAUGGUAGUUCACUGAAAGGAGUGAGCUGGGAAACUACACCUUUGGAAAUUUCUAAAAGAAUAUCUAAAAGUUUAUCUGAAAGGGUUGUAAUCGCUCAGGUUAAUGAUGUCUUGUGGGACUUGGAGCGACCGUUUGAAAAGUCAUCUACUUUAAAGUUAUUGGAUUUUAAUACUCCUGAAGGAAAAAAAGUAUUUUGGCAUUCUAGUGCGCAUAUUCUUGGUGAGGCAGCAGAAAGAUACUAUGGGUGUUAUCUUUGUAUCGGGCCACCAACUGACGAUGGAUUUUUUUAUGAAAUGGCAAUUUCUAAUAGAACUGUACUUAAGCAAGAUUAUUCUGAUUUGGAAAAUUUGAUUAAAUUUAUUAUAUCUGAAAAACAACCGUUUCAACGUUUAACUGUAACGAAAGAGAAUUUAUUAGAAAUGUUUAAACAUAAUAAUUAUAAACAAACAAUUAUAUCGUCGAAAGUCCCUGAUGGUGAAUCCUCUACUGUUUAUCGGUGUGGCACUCUUGUGGAUUUUUGUAUGGGACCUCACGUACCUCAUACUGGGAAAAUAAAAGCAUUAAGUAUAUUGAAGAAUUCGUCUUCGUAUUUUAUGGGUGAUGUUACAAAAGAUUCGUUGCAAAGAAUCUAUGGUAUAAGUUUUCCUGACAAUAAACAAAUGUUAGACUAUAUGAAUUUUCUUGCAGAUGCUGAAAAGAGAGAUCAUAGAAGAAUUGGAAGAGAACAGGAGCUUUUUUUUUUUCAUGAGCUCAGUCCUGGUAGUUGUUUCUUUUUACCUCAUGGAACUCGCAUAUACAAUCGAUUAUUGGAAUUUAUAAAGUCUGAGUAUAGAAGACGGGGGUUUAAUGAAGUUAUAACACCAAAUAUUUAUAAUUCGAAACUUUGGAAAAUUUCUGGACAUUGGCAAAAUUAUUCUGAAAAUAUGUUUUCAUUUGAUAUUGAAAAGGAACGAUAUGCUUUAAAGCCAAUGAAUUGUCCUGGUCAUUGUCUUAUGUUUGCAAUGCAUGAUAGAAGUUAUCGUGAUCUUCCUUUAAGAUAUGCAGAUUUUGGUGUUCUCCAUAGAAAUGAGUUUUCUGGAGCCUUGGCUGGAUUAAUGCGUGUUCGAAGGUUUCAACAAGAUGAUGCACAUAUUUUUUGUACUUUUGAUCAAGUUAAAGAAGAGAUUAUGAAUUGUUUUGAAUUUCUAAAAUAUGUAUAUGAAAUAUUUGGUUUUUCUUUUAGGUUAAAACUUUCUACUCGUCCAGAAAAAUUUAUUGGCGAUAUUGAAACAUGGAAUCGAGCAGAAAAAAGUUUAGAAACCGCUUUAAAUAAUUUUGGAUUGCCAUGGGAAAUAAAUCCAGGUGAUGGUGCAUUUUACGGACCAAAGGUUGAUAUUGAGAUUUCCGAUGCUUUAAGGAGGCAUCAUCAAUGUGCUACAAUUCAGCUUGAUUUUUUUUUGCCAGAAUGUUUUAACUUAGAAUAUCGUUUGGCUUCUGAUGAAAAAAAAAAAUCCAUUUAUGCAAGGCCUGUGAUAAUACAUCGUGCCAUACUUGGAAGUAUUGAAAGGAUGAUUGCUAUUUUGAUUGAGCAUUAUGGUGGAAAAUGGCCAUUUUGGCUUUCACCUCGUCAAGUAAUGAUUAUACCUAUUUCAAAGGCAUUUAAGGAUUAUUCAAAGCAUGUAUAUGAUAAACUUUAUGAUAAUGGAUUCUAUGUUGAUAUAGAUUUGAGUGAUAAUACUUUAAAUAAGAUGGUUAGAAAUGCCCAAAUAGCUCAAUAUAAUUUUAUAUUCGUUAUUGGUCAGGAAGAAUUAGAUUCAAAUACAGUGAUGAUACGAAAUCGAGACGACCAGUCAAAACAUAUUCGAAUUUUGCUUGAUGAUGUUAUAAUUAAACUUAGAUAUCUUCAACUUUGUAGAAAAAAUGAGAAUAGUUUUUAGAAUAAUUAUGG